AUGUUUAAAAAUAAAACUCAUAUGGUAAAAACGGUACCUGUAGAAAAUAAGGAAGUAACGGCAAACUCAUUACAUGAUGCAGCUUUACUCAUUGUAGAAAUCUGCGUUUUAAUCCAAUAUUUAGCCCGGAAGAAGUCUCGUUGGGAACUGUUGAUGAAACGAGUAAAAAGGCUUCAAACUAUACUUGAAUCUGCAAAAAGUAUCCAUCUUGCUCCAUUAACUUUGAAGAAUUAUCUUCAAACUCUGGGAGAGAUUCAAGAUUACCUUAAGUAUAAAAAAUGGUACAAUGGUGAUAGAACCGCUGAAUUCGACAUUACACUUAGCCAGCUUCAUGAAGAGUUUGAACUUGAAUUCCUUACUAAUAGUUUGACCGGGUUUGAUUCUAAAUAA